UGUGUCACUCUAUUUCUGAGUCGUGCCCUGUGCUCCUCACUCUGUGUAGGUGUGUAUGUUUGAGAGCGAGUGAGUGUGCAGCUUCUGGCCUGGCAGGAUCUGGAAGGACAAAGAAGAGACCAAAACACUGGUUUAUUUAGGAGUUUUUUGCCUCGACAGGUCCAGCGUGUCACUGCUUCUGUUUGUCACUUCACUCCACUGCCAUCCACUCGCCUCCCACAAACACUUGCGGUUGACCUUUGACCCUCUGACCCCCCUCACCCCCCUGUCGCCAGGUUGCCAUGGCGAUGUCCUCGCGCUUAAAGCUGUGGGAGCAGAAGAUCAAGGAGGAGAAGAAGCCAGCGUCAGCUGCUCAGCCUCCCCCACCCCUCUCUGCGGUCCCUGGGGGCUUCCUCAAGCAGCUGGUGAGGGAAACCGAGAAGGAGAAGCGGCAGAAAGAACCAGAAAUCAAAGAGGAGAGAGUGCCCAGCAAGCUGAGCGACAACCUCGUCCAGCAGUUCCUGCUUCCCGACGAGACUCCGCCCAUCCUGGAGGCGGAGAUGGCCCUGCGGGCAGAGCAAUUGGUCAACGGAGAACAGAGUCGCCACAUGUUGCUGGCGGAGAAGAAACAGGCGCCCCAGAAGAUAGCGUCACCGAGGGCCGAGCGAAAGCACGCAGAAGAGCAGCGGUCGCGGGAAGUGACCCCGCCCCCACGGCAGGAGGCCGCAGACAAAAUGGACGCUGCCAGCGGCCAGGAGGCAAAAACAGCAGAGGUACAGGUGGAGAAACAGAAGCAGAUGUUGAAAACAGCGGAGGUGCGGGAGGAGAAAUCGCGGCAGGCGGUGAAAGUGGCAGAGGUACAGGUGGAGAAAAAGAAGCAGGUGGUGAAAACAGCGGAGGUACAGGUGGAGAAGGUGAGGCAGGCGGUGAAAACAGCAGAGGUGCGGGAAGAGAAAUGGAAGCGGGUGGAAGAGGAGAGAAGGGAAGAGGAGAAAUCGAUGAAGGAGGCGAGGCAGGAGCCGGAGGGACAGCUUGCAGAUUGCAGAGUGACAGAGCAGAAGAAAGAGCCUGUGAGAGACGUGUGGUACGAGGCCGGGACUGUGUGGUAUGUUCACAAGGAUGGCUUCACGCUCGCCACGCAGCUGAAGCCGGAUGAGGGCACUCCUGAUUUGCCAGAAGGACGGGCUAGGGUUCGCCUACAGACAGACGGGUCGGUCCACGACGUGACCCAAUACGAGAUAGAGAAGGUGAACCCGGCGGAGUUGGACCUGUGCGAAGACGUGAGCGAGCUGGUGAGCGUGAACGAGUCUAGCCUCCUGCACACCCUGACCAGCCGUGCCAGCGCCCAGCUGCCCCUCACCCACGCUGGGCCCAACCUCCUGGCCCUCUGGCCCCCACAGGGCCCCCACGGCAAGACCCAUCGCGCUCGGCGGUGGGACGGGGUGUGGGAGGCGCCCCCGCCCCUGCAGGCUCUGGUGAGGAGGGUGUACGUGUCCAUGGUGGGCCAGCGGAGAGACCAGAGCGUGGUGGCCAUGGGCCGAUCCGGCACGGGGAAGACCACCUCCUGCCUCUCCUUCACACAGGAGCUGCUCAAACAGGCCGGCACGGCUGGGGACAGCCUCACCCCGGAGCGUCUGCAGGCCAUGUUCACCGUGCUGCGCUCCUUCGGCUGCGUGAGCUCCCAGCACAGCGAGGCCUCCACCCGCUUCGCCAUGACGCUCUCGCUCGACUUCAACCACGCGGGCCAGGCUGCUGCCGCCCACCUGCAGACCAUGCUGCUGGAGAAGUGGAGGGUUUGCCAGAAGCUGGAGGGGGAGAGCAAUUUCUUGGUUUUCUCCCAGAUGCUCGCAGGCCUGAGUCUGGAAAUGAGGACGGAGCUCUUUCUGCACCAGCUGCCCGAGGCCAACUCGUUCGGCAUCUAUCCGCUGACCAAGGUGGAGGAGAGACAGAAGGCUUCAGUGGCCUUUGCAAAGCUGAUGGUUGCCAUGGAGACCCUGGGCUUCUCUGCCAAUGAGCAGCGAGCGAUCUGGCAUGUGCUGGCCGGGAUAUACCAUCUGGGUGCGGCGGGGGCGUGCAGAGUGGGACGUCGGCAGUUUGUGCAUUUUGAAAGCGCCCAGCUGGCGAGUCGUGUGAUUGGCUGCGAGGGAGAGGAUCUUCAUACCGCUGUCUUCAAGCACCACCUCCGGCAGUUACUACAGAAGGCCACAGGGGGCAUCAGAGAGCGCCAUGCUCCGGAGGGCUCGGAGGAGGGCCCCAGGCUGAGUGCCACACAGUGUGUGGACGGUAUGGCCAGUGGCCUGUAUGAAGAGCUCUUCACAGCCAUCGUCUCUCUCAUGAACAGGGGCUUGAGCUCCCAGCAGCUGACCCUGGCCUCAGUGAUUGUGGUGGAUACUCCUGGCCUGCGCAGCCCCAGACACGGAGGAGAGGAGAGGGCAGCUGGGUUCUCUGAGCUCUGCCACAACUACCUGCAAGAGAGGCUUCUCGAGCACCACUACACACACACUUUCACACAGACGCUGGACCGCUACGCACAGGAGAAAGUCCGCAUGGACUUCGCGACCCCAGAGAGCAGCCCAGCUCAAGUGGUGUCCGCCAUCGACCUGCCUGCGCUCCAGGUUCGGGCAGCAGAGGGAGACCCCAGGGGUCUUCUGUGGGUGCUGGAUGAGGAAAUGGCCACGCCAGGAUCCACUGAAAAUACAGUGCUGGAGAGGGUGUGUCAGUACUUUGGUGAAACAGUCCGACAGUGUGAGCAGCCCCUGCAGUGUGAGAUCGCCCACCACCUGGGUUCUGAUCCGAUCCGUUACGACCUGUCUGGAUGGUUCAGUCUGAUCCAGCAUAACCCAUCUGCCCUCAAUGCUUCUUCGCUGCUUCAGAACUCAACCGUUGGAGUGGUAAAGGCCCUCUUUGGGCCCCGGGCCGCAGUGCCCCCCCUGUGCCGGGGCGUUGGGGGGAUAGAGGGGGGGUCUCAGCGAUCGCUGCAGAGGAGUGGAGCCGUCAGAAAGACCUUCAGUGGGGGGCUGGCUGCCAUCAGGAGGCACUCUCUUUGCAUCUCUGUCAAACUGCAGGCGGACGCUCUGAUGAGUGUGAUCCGGCGUGCCAGGCCUGUGUUCCUGCAGUGCGUGAGCGCCAAGACGGACGGCGGGGGGUUGGACGUGCCCUCCCUGCGUGCUCAGCUGGGCUCGGCCCACAUGCUGUCUGCGCUCCAGCUCUACCGCACAGGUUAUCCUGAUCACAUGACUCUCAGUGAUUUCCGAUGCCGUUUCCAGGCCUUGUCGCCGCGUGUGAUGAAGCAGUACGGCUCUGUCUUCAUCACCCCCGACGAGAGGAAGGCUGUGGAGGAGCUGUUGAUUGAGCUGGACUUGGAUAAGAAGAGCAUUGUUCUGGGAAGGAGCAGGGUGUUUAUGAAGCGGGGCGUCCUGCACUACCUGGAGCAGCAGAGGGAGCAGCUGGUGAGCGGCUGGCUGGUUCUGCUGCAGGCCGCCUGCCUGGGACACCUGGCCAGGCAGAAAUACCGCCGCAUGAAGGUUCAGCAGAUGGCCGUGAGCUGCAUUCAGAGGAACGUGCGGACGCUCAACGCCGUGAGGAAGUGGAGCUGGUGGAGACUCCUGUGCAAAGUGCGCCCCCUGCUGGAUGUCAACAUCGACGACCAGAAGUUCCGGGCGAAGGAGGAUGAGAUUUGUGCUUUGAGACGGCGGCUGGAGAAGUCUGAGAAGGAGAGGAGUGAGCUCAGGCAGAGCGCGGAUACCCUGGAGACUAAGGUGACGGCUCUGUCGUCUGAUCUGAGUGAUGAGAGGUUCAGAGGGGAGGCGGUGAGUCAGGCGCUGGACACAGAGAGAGCCGAGAGGUUUCGCCUCAGCAAGGAGAACAAGGAGCUACAGGGCCGGCUGGAUCAGUGUAAGAUGACUAUCGACAGCCUGGAGAAGCAGCUGGAGGAGGAGAAGCAGCAGGCCAAAGGCAGGGAGGCCAAGGGGGCAGUGGGGACAGAGAGCGAGCUGCAGCUGCAGCUGGAGUGCGCGCAGACGGAGGUGGAGUACCUGCGCCGCAGGCUGCGGCAGGGCGAGGAGCGGCUAGAGGCUGAGAGGGGGGCCCGGGCGCAGCUAGAGAGCAAGGUGCUGGAACUGCAGUCUCAGCUGGAGCAGUCCAAGCGGAGCGCCACUGAGCUGAAGCGGCACUGUCGCCGAGUGACCUCUGACCUCCAGGAUGCCCGUGUCUUGACAGACAGCUUACAGAACCGCGCCCAUGACCUGGACAGGAAGCAGAGGAGGUUUGACAACGAGCUGACCCAGGCUCUGGAGGAGGCUGAUAAUGAACGGGAGAUGAAGGAGAAGGUCAUCCAAGAGAACACUGCCCUGACCGGGAAGCUGCUUACCCUACAGCAAAACCUGAAGGAGAGCCAGGCGGAGGUGACGCGCCUCCAGCAGCAGAAGGAGGAGCUGUGUGCCCAGAUCAGAGACCUGUCUGUCCCUCUGGGGCUCAGCAGCGACUCCCUGCCUGCCCUCAAGCAGCAGCUGAGGGAGCUGGAGGCCCAGGAGAAGGAGCGCAGCCAGGAGAUCAGCCAGCUCAGCGGCAAGAUACAGCAGCAGCAGCAGAUGCAUCUGCGCUUUGAGAUGGAAAUGGAGAGAAUGAAACAGAUCCAUCAGAAGGAGCUGGAGGACAAAGAGGAGGAGCUGGAGGACGUCCAGAAAGCUUCACAAAGACGGCUGAGGCAGCUGGAGAUGCAGCUGGAACAGGAGUAUGAGGAGAAGCAAAUGGUCGUCCACGAGAAGCAUGACCUGGAAGGACUCAUCGCCACACUGUGUGACCAGGUGGGGCACCGGGACUUUGACGUGGAGAAGCGUCUGCGGCGGGAUCUGAAGCGCACUCACGCCCUGCUGAGUGACGCGCAGCUGCUGCUGUCCACGGUGGACGGGCAGGGCCAGGGCCAGCCGCCGGGCAGCCGGGAGCAGCUGGAGAAACUGCACUUCCAGCUGGAGGAGAGUGAGGCGCAGCGGGUGGAGAUGGAGAGUGUGCAGAAGACCCUCGCCAUGGAGCUGGAGAACGCCCAGCUGGAGCUGGAGAGCAUCUGCAAGCACAAGAGCCUGGUGGAUGAGCAGCUGUCUCAGAUGCAACAUGAGAGGGUAGACCUGCUGAAGAGGCUGGAGGAGGAUCAGGAGGACCUCAAUGAGCUCAUGAAGAAGCACAAAGCGCUUAUCGCCCAGUCCUCCAGUGACAUCUCUCAGAUCCGGGAGCUGCAGGCGGAGCUGGAGGAGGCUAAGAAGCAGAAGCAGAGUCUGCAGGACGAGCUGCAGCAGAGUGUGACCAGGCUGCAGUUCCUGGAGUCGUCCACCGUGGCGCGCAGCAUCGUGAGUAAGCAGGAGGCCCGGGUGUGUGAUCUGGAGAACAAGCUGGAGUUCCAGAGGGGCCAGAUCAAGAGGUUUGAGGUCCUGGUGCUCAGACUGCGGGACAGCGUGGUGCGGAUGGGGGAGGAGCUGGAGCAGGCGGCGCAGGCGGAGGCGCGGGAGAGGGAGAACGCGCAGUACUACCAGCAGAGGCUGGCUGACAUGCGGCUGGAGAUGGAGGACCUGACCCAGCGCGAGCAGGACAGCAGCCGCCGGCGCAUGGAGCUGGAGAUGCAAGUGGAGGAGUUGAGCGCGGUCAGACAGACAUUGCAAGCCGAUCUGGAGACGUCGAUCCGGCGGAUCGCCGAUCUGCAGACGGCCUUGGAGGAGGUGGAGUCGAGCGACGAGAGCGACAGUGAAAGUGUUCAGACGGCAGUGGAGUCCUUUUCUAGAAAACGAGAUCUUGACAGCGUGUCCAGUGUAGGAUCCGUGGGCACGGAGGACGUGGGCGAGGGGAUCCGCCAAUGGCUGGGAGUCCCGAGGGGCAGAGGAAGCUCACCUUACGGCGGGAGCAGUACCACGGGCAGCCUGGGGGGGCGCCAGUCAGUCACCGACACCAUGAGCACCUACAGCUUCCGGUCUUGCUCUAUGGAGCCGGAGGACGAGCAGGCGGAGCAGGGCAGUCUGGGCCGGGCGUCGUCCUCCUCGGCCCUGUCCGAGCUGCUGGAGGGCCUGAGGAAGAGGCGCGCGGGCUGGGACCGGGGUGCCGAGGGCAGCUGCGUGUCCCUCCCCGCCUACCAGACCACCGGAGCGUCCGCCCUGCGCCGGAGGGCCUCCGCCCUCUCCCUGGGGAGCGACGAGGGGGCGGAGGAGCCCCGGCCGGGCAUCCUGAAGCCGCCCAGCCCCCUGCUGCCGCGCGCCUCCAGCCUGCGCGCGCUGUCCGAGACGGGCGGGGCCGCGGGGAACGGCAAGAUGACCCGCUUCAGCUCCUGCGACUCCCUCACCUCCACCUCCGCCCCCGGCCCCGCCCCCGGGCCCCGCCGCCGCCCCGCCAGCCUGGCCAUCCCCGAGGAGGAGGAGGACCGCCUGGCCACGCCCACCAACCGCUCCCCCCAGCCGCUGCACCGCAGGCUCCUGGGGGACCCGGAUUCACCGCCGCCGUCCUCCUCCCUGGGCUCGGAGCCGCUGGUGUUCCAGAGCCGCCGUAUCCUGGGGAACCUGGACAGGGACCCCGACGACGCCGGCUCCGACAUCCUGCCCGCCAUCCGCCGGACGCAGUCCGCCAGCAGCCUGUCGGGGGGCUCAGUCAGAGGGGGCACGCGGAGAGCCCUCAGCGUCCAUUUCGGGGAGCUGCCCCCCUCCAGGGCCUCGCGCCGCGACUCCGACACGGACUCCUCCAGCUCCGGGGGCUCGCAGCGCAGGGGGCCCCAGGGCGAGAGGCUGGAGGCAGAGGGCAGCGAGGGCGACGUCACCUCCGUCAUGAAGAAGUACCUGCGCAAAGCCGAGGCCGACUGAGCAUUGGGCAGCAUGUGCUCCAGCUUGAAUUGGCCCGGCUUCCCUGCCAAUGCCGAGGCCUGGAUGCAGAGGACACGCAUGGAACGCACACACACACACAGAAGAUACAUUUUGAGCACUGGAAUCCAUUUGUACACAGAAAUAAAGGGACUUUUCAAACCCAAGGUCAUGGUCUUCCAUCUCCCACACGAUGCCUCAGCACAGCCAGAGUACAGUGUGUACGAGUAGAUGGGAGGAAAACCAUUUAGACACUCUGCAAGCUGCUUAGAAAGAAGUGGUCAGCAAUUACCGGUACUGGCUGAUCCCAGUGUCUGUUAAAGCCAAGGAAGUAGUGGGCCACAGAGGAAAACAGAUCAGAAAUACUGAUAAAGUCUGCAGAACUCCAGAAACAGACCAACGAGAGCCAUUAAGCUAAACUGAGCAUACCAUUUGAGACUGUGGCCUAUAACACCCUGUACCGCUUGUAAAAAGUGAAGUCAAGCAAGGGGCAAAAAUAUUUUAUACAUCAAUUGGCAAAUACAAACCCCCUUCUCCUCACAAAAUACAAUGGGUUAUGCAGUUAAAAGCCCUUUCAAUGUGCCAGUGUUUAAUAAAUGUGCACAAUUAACCACACACAAGGAGAAAGGGGGGGGGGAAAUCUGCAAAUGCAUUUAUUUGAAGUAUGAUAUGCACCCACCAAAACAACCAUUAGAGUACAGCCCACAGCUAGGUGAAUUACUUUGCCAAUUCAGGCCUUGCCUGAAAAUGUAACUCAUGUAUACUACAACUUGAGAAGGCCCAUAGUUUUCCAACUAGCCACUUAAAUGAUCAGUCAAGUGCAACCAGAGCCAGUGUAAGAACAGGUGAGAGUCAGGGGAGAGAAGAGGGUAAAAAAAAAAAAAAACGAAAAA